CCACCACUACUAAGACAAGGCGGUGGCGGUGGGGAACAGCAUGGAGGAUCCCGUCUACUUCCUCAAGUUCCCGGUUCUCAACGACCGGAUAAUUACCAACACUAAUCACAUCGAACAACAAGAAGGAGAAGAAGAACAAGUCGAUGAACGUCGUCAACAGCAACAACUAAUGAUGAAGAUGAUGUCGUCUUCGUCAGAAGCUCCUCCUCAGAUGAUAAGGCUUGAUGGCGCUACGACUAGGGUUUCGGGUAGCAACAACGCCGAGGCGUCGGAGGGGCAACUGCUGCUGUUUGUUAAUAAUGAUCAACAAGUGGGUGGUUCAAGUAUUGUUCUGGAAGGAGCAGCGGUGGCGACGGCGAAGAACAACAACAAGAGGAAGCGGGCGCCGAGGAGUAUAAAGACGAGCGAGGAGGUGGAGAGGCAGCGCAUGACUCACAUCGCCGUGGAGAGGAACCGCGUGAAGCAUAUGAACGAGCACCUCCGAGUCCUCCGCUCCCUCAUGCCCGUCGGGGCAGGUGGAGAAUGAAGCAAAGCGAGGCCGACGUUGAGGAAGGAGCGGCGGCGGAGACGAUCACGUCAUGGCCACGGU